GGGGAAGGAGAAACGUAAAGGCUUGCUCGCAGCGAAUGUGUGUUCGUGGUAGUCCUUGGAGAUAAAGAUAUAAGAUAAAUGUGAAUCCAUUUCAUUUGCGCAACAUGAAGUAUUCAAAAAAUAAAUUAAAAUGGCGGACGCAUCAAGAGUGAAGAGUGGAGCUUUAUAAAACCAUUCAACAAUUGUCUUUUAAAAGAAAACCAAAUAAAUAUUUUGAAAAACAACUACUGGAAGAUAUCUCCUGAUUCAGAUUUAUGAGCAAGAUAAUCAUGCUUCCAUGGUCAAAGUAGCUCUUCUGAGUGUGUUUCAUCAUCGACAUCAAUGCCAUGUGGGUCAACAUCACUGAAUGAAACUGCUUCAAUACGAAAGCUUACAAGUGAAGAUAUAGAUAGGAGAGUAUAACAUCCCAACCUAUACAUUGUAGUUAAAAUAUAAUAACAAUAUCAACCUCAAAUUCAACUAAUAUUUUGUAUGCAAUCAAGCAAACUUUGGAAAUGCUGGUUGUUAAUUUUACUGCAAUUAUUACACAAGAUAUGAUUACACUCCUUUAUCAUUACCCAAUGCUGUCAGAAUUGUUAUCACAUGUGAAUGCAAUAUAAUUUUUGUACACAAUCAUUAUUUAAUUAUUGUUUUCAGCAUAAAUUAUGCCUUAUAAGGCCUUCUCCAGACAAUAUUUAUUGCAAGCUAUAUGAUAUUUGCUCCAAUAUUUGGCUAUAUUUGUGAAAGAUACAGUUGCAAGCUCAUUAUGAUCUAUUGCCUCGUUAUCUGGUCCUUAACAACAUUUCUUAGCACACUACUUAAUAAACACCUAUGUAAGCUUUUACUGAUUUCAUACAGUGAGUUAGAAGUCAGAUAUGUUAAAAACAGAAGGAAAAUGGUAGGUUAAUGAAUAGUUUGGUAUGUUCUUGGUUCAAAAGUAUCUUCUGCAUUUAGUGGUGGCAAUAAUUUUAUAAUAGAGAAAACACAGGGUAUGAAAACAUGUGAAAUAAACAUGUUAUUAUUUGAUGUGUUUCAGGUAACUCCAAUCUUGGGUGUGCUUCUUAUCAUCUUGGGCUUUAUAUCUGUUGUUUGAACCUGUCUAGGGGCAAAUUGAAAAGAGUCAGGGUGAUAUUGUUGCAGACAAGGAUGUUAUCAUUCGUCGUUCAUGGUUGAAUGAUGCGAAACAUAUGUUACGCUGAUACAGACAGAGCCACAGCAUCCGCAGUCCUUAUAUUGUGGGUUUGUGUUUUUCGCUUCUACGUUUGCUCGCUGGCUUCAUCGGUUCUUUCUUAUAAAAAGUUCUUUGAGGGACAACUUCGGGUUAUAUAUUAUUUAUGGCAUCUUCCGGCCUUUCUGAUGUCGCGGCGGAAGAAGGGGGAGCAGAUACGACAAAAGCCAAGCUAACCUCAGGAUGGUCCAAGCAUGGCAAAGGUUCCUGUCCAAAUUGUGGUUUGCAAUAUAGUUGCCGUUACAAGCCACCAAGUUGUUCAGGAUGCAAAUUUUGAGCUUGGAGGAUCAUAUGUCCCUAAAAAAAGCCUCGUCCAUUGGUGCCUAAGUGUACCUUGGUGGUGCAGCCAUCAGACGGGUUAUCAAUCUACUCGGUUAAUACCAGUACCUAUGAUGAUCGAUGUAUUGUGGUUCGUGAAGAGGCUUCAUCUAUGUGUCAGCAUCACCUGUGUAAACAGAAUAGAGCCAUUCAUAUUAACAGCCAAAAAGUGGCAAGCUUUAGUUGUCAGCAUUUGGAAUCCACCAGAGAUUGUACAACUCCUCUUCAGACAUUCAAUGGGAUAUCAGAUGAGGUCAUUUCCAGUUAUCUCUGUGAUGAUGAAACAAAAAAAACCCUGGCAGAAGUGGCAAAUGCAUCAAAGGCACAGUCAUUUCCAGUUGUGGUGCAUGUUUCUCCAACUAUGUGUUGCAUCUUUGGAAUGGCAACCACAAACAACACUGUUGGAUAUUGCCAUGUCAAGGUAACGGAAAAGGAAAUUAAAUGCUGUUCCAAAGACUGCAAAGGUAUGUUGAAGAGCAAGCAGCAAAAGUCCCGAAAAGUUUGCACCCACAUUCAUCUUUUAUUGGCUGUUGGCAUUUUUACACACAACGAAUGUGUGUCAGCAGAUCUUCGCCCACCAAUAGUGACAGACAAUUCCUUGACAACAAUUGACAGAAGUGGGAGCAAGUCUCGCAAGGCAACCAUGGGACUUUAAAUGAAGUUAAAGUUGCCAUAUGUCAUUCCAAAACCCAUUAUUCAGGCAGCAGGUAAAAUGGAUUUUUCCGUGUGGCCAGAGCAGUUUGAACCAGACCAAACUUUGUGUGAUUUGUGUAAAAGUCCUCUUGGUCAGUCCAAGCCACACCCAAAUCAACGUGGGCGAUCAAUCAUAAUGACCAAUGGAUGUCCAUUCAAAACAGUCAAAAUGCUAGUCAAAGAUUGCUCAUGUUGCUUUGCUAUGCACCAAGUGUUUCUCUACACAUUAGGUCUGUUUAAUAUUAGUGACAAGGUUCUGGUGGCACUUGAAAUUCUAUUAGAGUUCCGAGAAUUGUUCAAAAGAGGAGUGCCAAUUUCUGUAGCCAUGAAAAGUAAAUUAGCCUUGAUGGUCCAGAAAGUUGAGGAAUCGCCAACAGAAAAUGAGUUGGAAAGUAUUGCUACACAUUUAUACAAUGGGUUUUAUUGCUUUGAGGCAAUAACUGAAUGCAAUAUGGAUUCAGGUGUUUGUGGAAUUUGUAGUACUGUUGGUGAAGUGUAUUUUGGGGAUGGGAAUGAAAAAAAUUGCUGCAGCAUUAGCGAGAUUGAUUACUCACCACUACAAGAUAUAGAUUGUGAGGAAGAUGAUCCUAUUUCCCUUGAGAUGUUCUUGGAGAAAUUAAAAUACAAUUUGGUGGAAAAAACAACCUACACACGAUCGGAAAAGGCCACUAUCCACUUUUCCACCAUUCCACCAGUCAUAGCCCCAUCAUUGAGAGGUACAAAAUUGUUCAACACUGAAGGGGAAAAAAAAGUGCUUUUCUCAAGCAAUAUGGCAAACCUAAUGAAGGUGAUCCAGCUCUUUUGCAUCAUUGGAUAUCCACUCAAGUAAUUGACAUGAACACAAUUGAGCAAUGCAGUGUCGAGAAGCUGAAAGAACUUUGUCAUUUGUGUAAUAUAGCAAUUUCAGGCAAAUCAAAGAUAUUUACUGUAAUUUACGAUUGUGACUUGGUAUUAAUUUGACUGCAACUUGCUCUUAAUUCAGAACUGCAUGACACAAAGUUCAGAAGUUCUAGCCGGUAAGAGAACUUAGGGGGAAAACAAAUGUAAAUAAACUGAUCAAUGAUGAUAAUGUAUUUUCCUUUAA